AUGUCACAGAGAGGAGAGAGUGAAGAGGCUGCGUCUGGCUCCCACUCUCACAGCCAUUGCAGCAAAAGAGAUCCUAAGAAGCAGAGAGACAAAAUGUCAUCAUAUAUAUUUUUCUUGCACAAGAAGAAGCACCCAGACGCUUCUGUCAACUUCUCAGAAUUUUCUAAGAAGUGCUCAGAAGAAUGAAAGACUGUGUCUGCUAAAGAGAAAAGUAAAUCUGAAGACAUGGCAAAGGCAGACAAGGCCCAUUAUGUGAAAGAGAUGAAAACUUAUGGCCCUCUUAAGGGUAAAAAAAAAAAGAAGUUCAAUCUUAGUGCUCCCCAGAGGGCCCCUUCAGCUUUUUUCUUGUUUUGUUCUGAGUAUCGCCCCAAAAUAAAAGGCGAACACAUGUGCCUUUCCAUUGGUGAUGUUGUGAAGGAGUUGGGAGAGAUGUGGAAUAAUCCUGCUGCUGAUGAUAAGCAAACCUGUGAAAGGAAGGCUGCUAAACUGAAGGAGAAGUACAAGAAAAAUAUUGCUGCAUAUAAGGCUAAAGGCAAGCCUGAUGCAACCUUCACAAAGGCUGAGAAAAAAAAGGAAGAGGAAGAAGAUGAGGAGGAUGAGGAAGAAGAAGAUGAAUAGAAUGAAGAUGAUGAAUAA